GAGGAGAGGGAGAGGAGCGGCCGCCAUGUUAACCAAGAAGCCCGGAACCUCGGUCCUCCCGACGGGCAAAGCGGGCGAGCCGGUCUACUCUCCGGGUCACAGUGGCUCUCAGACAACGUCGCCUGUCGCCCUGCCGCGACUUCGCAACAGCAACCACAACGCCCUGACGGGAGGCUCUAAAGCCGUGAUGUCGGAGGCCGUCCAGCUGUCCUCUCAGGUCCACGUCACGCAGCUGUAUGAGGAGAACAGCAACAAGCGCCCGGUGCUGACGUCGCAGCCCAACGGUCUGAAUCCUCUCGGCUCCUCGAGGCCUGGCCCGCCCGACCGAUCCGACGGCCCCCCCCACUGCCGGCAGGGCAGCGCCGCCUCUAACAAGUCGGCCGACGGGAAGCCAAAGCCGCCCGCCGCUCUGAGCCCGGAUCAGGCCAUGAAGCAGUUCAUGGCCAAGAUGUCGACGCUGGAGCACCACGAGGUGUUCAGCUACCCCGAGGUGUAUUUCGUCGGCCCGAACGCAAAGAAGAGGUCGGGGGUUUUGGGCGGCGCCAACAACGGCGGCUACGACGACGAUCAGGGAUCCUAUAUCCACGUUCCCCACGACCACAUCUCCUACCGCUACGAAGUCCUGAAGGUCAUCGGCAAGGGCAGCUUUGGACAGGUGGUGAAGGCCUUCGACCACAAGUCUCAGAACCACGUGGCGCUGAAGAUGGUUCGCAACGAGAAGCGUUUCCACCGGCAGGCGGCGGAGGAGAUCCGCAUCCUUGAGCACCUGAGGAAGCAGGACAAGGACUCGAGCAUGAAUGUGAUCCACAUGCUGGAGAACUUCACCUUCAGGAACCACAUCUGCAUGACCUUCGAACUGCUCAGCAUGAACCUGUACGAGCUCAUCAAGAAGAACAAGUUCCAGGGCUUCAGCCUCCCGCUGGUCAGGAAGUUCGCCCACUCCAUCCUGCAGUGUCUGGACGCGCUGCACAAGAACCGCAUCAUCCACUGCGACCUGAAGCCCGAGAACAUCCUGCUGAAGCAGCAGGGCCGCAGCGGCAUCAAGGUCAUAGAUUUUGGAUCGAGCUGUUACGAACAUCAGAGAGUUUACACCUACAUCCAGUCCCGGUUCUACAGAGCGCCGGAGGUCAUCCUAGGCUCACGGUACGGCAUGCCGAUCGACAUGUGGUCUCUGGGCUGCAUCCUGUCGGAGCUGCUGACGGGUUACCCUCUGCUGCCGGGCGAGGACGAGGCCGACCAGCUGGCCUGCAUCAUGGAGCUGCUCGGCAUGCCGGGCCAGAAGCUGCUGGACGCCUCCAAGAGGGCUAAGAACUUUGUGUCGUCCAAAGGCUACCCGCGGUACUGCACCGUCACCACGCUGCCCGACGGCACCGCGGUGCUCAACGCCGGUCGAUCACGGCGGGGAAAAGUCCGCGGCACGCCGGGCAGCAAGGAGUUCAGCACCGCGCUGAAGGGCUGCGACGACCCGCUGUUCCUGGACUUCCUCAAACAGUGUUUGGAGUGGGACCCGGCGCUCCGGAUGACACCGAGCCAGGCGCUGCGUCACCCGUGGCUCCGGAGGCGUCUCCCGAAGCCGCCGACAGGAACCACAGAUAAGACGACUUCCUCCAAAGGCGCCAUCACCUCCAUUUCCAAGCUCGCCACAACCACCUCCUCCACCACCACCUCCACCUCCUCCUCCUCCAAAACCAGGACUAACUUGGCGGCGAUCACCGACGCCAACGGGAACAUCCAGCCGCGGACGGUGCUGCCGAAGCUGGUCAGCUGAGAGUGAACGCACCCCAUGGAUUUGAAAUAAAAGAAGUCCAGUUUCUGAGGAGUUUCUCUAAUGCUGGAAACUAAGCGUCCGGGUGUUUGGAAAACCACGCGGGCCGGGAUGUAAAGCCUCGCUCUGGAGGAUAAACUGGGGUGCGUUCAGAAAGAGAAAAGACACGAGCGAGCAGCGAGACAGGAAGUGACCUCACGAGCUAGCGACUGCUCAGACAAUCACUCUGUAGCUCCAAACACUCAAACACAUCACAUGGUGCUGACGGAGGGAACAAGGCUUUUUUAUGUUUUUUCCACAGAAUCUAUUUAGUGAGCUGAUUAAUCGACACCAAAAACUACUUUUUAUCCUCUUAGUCUUACACGGUCAUAUCUGCGGACAGUAAUAUUUAACGUGCUUUACUCACAAAAGAUAUUUCCUUGUAAAACUAAAGUUACCUUUGUCUCGUCAUGUCUUUAUGAAAUCCUCUUUUGUUACGCUAGAGUUUGGGGCAUUUGUUACGACUUUUAACUUUUAAAAAAAAGACACAAUUAAAUCCAAACUGAAGCAUCUACCUGUUAGCUGGCUAACGAUCUUAGCUAGCUGUGUUAGCGUGCUAGUUCUGUGCCUGUCAGCUGGCUAAUAACCACGGGUUAGUUGUUAGACGGCUUUAUAUUUGUGUUUAGCUGUCACUUUACUACCUUUUUACGAACUUUUAAAUCAGUCAGCUAGCUGCAGCUGGCUCACUGUUUGCCUUGUUUGGCAGUCUUGUGGCUAGCCUUAGCCUUUUGUUAGCCAUAGCCUGUUAGCUCUCCACUGCCCAGCCUUACGAAGCACACAUUAUUUUAGUCGUUUUAUUUUCUGAAGGUUAGCAGGAAGACACAGUACGUUGGGUUAAGUAUUUUGAUCCCUGUUUAUUUAUCAAAUCUGAUUAUUCAGGAGGUAAAAUGGCUGAAGGGAAGCUGUGACGACAGAGACGGAGGAAGAGUUAAGUUUUAAAUAAUGUUCAACUCUAAAGGGCUCUGAUACAAACAACAACAACAACAACCAAAGUCUGGAAACUAAAACUGUGGCUGCAGAAUGACCGGAAACGGCUAGAUUUUAAUUAGAUAAAUGAAUGAACGCAAGGACAAAGACAGUGCAUUGUGGGUAAAGUUCUAAAUCAAGGAGCCGUUGAGAAAAAAACUCAUAAUUUCUGAGAUUUAAUUUCAUAAAUUUGAGAAUAAAAACUAAAAUAUGGUUUAAAAUGUCAAUUAAGCAAUAAAAACAGGGAAGAAACUUGUAUACUUUAUCGAUUAUUAGAAAUAAAAUGUUCUAUAAUUCCCUGAAAUUACUUCUUAAAAAAAAGAAAACUCGCAAAAUGUAUGUGAAAAUGAUCUAGAAAUUAAAGAAACAAAUAGUUAAAAAUGAUUGUCUAAAUGUAAUCUGAAAUUUUGGCUUCGUAAUUACAUACUGUCCUAACACACGAUCAGAAAGCGUCAAUACUCGUAGUUGUCUGUGUAGCUGAUCAAUUUCAUCGAUUGCUUUUAUUAAAGAAAAUAAAACAGGAAAGAAAAAUUAAUAUUUAUCUUCUUAAAUCUGAAUUAAGCGUAAAUUAAACUCCAGACGCACAGAAACCACCAAAUCUAAAUAUAUAUAAAUAUCUUGCGUAACGCCACAACACAGAGCCGUGUGUGCGAAUCAAAACGUGGAGGAAAAGUCGAUAAUCGAUUUAAAAGCAAGCGUGUUUGCAGCCGCUGUGUCUGAAUUAUGGCGGCGCUUUAUGUAACCGGAGCUGUGUGGAAGAUUUAGGCUGAGGGUAAAGAAGAGGUCAGCCGUUUAUAUCCUCAGACAUCAUUUAGUCUCAGUGAAACACGAGAGAUAGACGAGGAAAAGCUGUUUUUAUUUGGAUUAAAAAGCCUCGUGACAGAGAGGGACGGUGCUCUGGUUUUAUUCAGGGUUUCUUUCAAAUUUGUAAACACUUCAGAGAGGAUUUAGACCCAAAACAUAUCCGAUAAAAUACAUAUACAGUAAAAAGGGGUCCAGUCGCAUCAGUGUGUGUUGUGUUGAGCUGGUUUGCAGGAACCAGAUUUCCCACAAAUGUGGACUUUUUAAUUGAAUUGAAAGCGAUUAAGGGUUCUUAUAGACGCAAAUAUAAGAUCAUCAACGUAAACCAAAGUAACAGCAUCCCUCAGCUGUCGCACGAUAAAUAAUUGGUUAAAAUGACCUGGAUAAAUUAGUAAAAUAACACUUGAAUUGAAUCAACAUGUAGAGAAAUUGAAGAAGUUAAAAGACUGAAAAGAUGCACAAAUUAGAAACAGAAGCAGGUUAAUUCAAGAUGAGAAAAGAUAAAGAAAAGCAAUACUUUUAGGACCGAAAAUGCAAAUGAAUGCUAACGUUUGUGGCACUUAUUCUGCACACAGACAUGUUUCUACACACAGAAAUCACUGCUGCUGUUUCCUGAUGCGACCGGACCCCGGUAAUAUCAAGUACUGAUUCACACAACAGUCAGAGUGUGUUCACCGGGAAAACGGAAGAAAACCGAUAAACAAUAAUGGAUAUUAAAUAAAAUAGAUCCGAAGUAUUUGCUUAAAAGGUCAAACGGAUCUAUCAAUGUGAUCGGGGGAGGGGGGUAUUUAUUGACUACAACUUUAAUUAAUAUUUAUUAAUCUACAUAUUUACUACGAUGUGCAGUUCAUACUUGAAUGUGUGUGUGUGUGUGUGUGUGUGUGUGUGUGUGUGUGUGUGUGUGUGUGUGUGUGUGUGUGUGUGUGUGUGUGUGUGUGUGUGUGUUUUGUAUGUAGCAGUGUGUGUGUUGAUGUAACAAGAGUUUUUUUUUCUUAAAGCUUGUUCCCUCUCACACACACACACACACACACACACACACACACACACACAGAUGUACCUGAACGCACUGCAGGAUGUGGAAAAAGGGAGGAAGAGGAAGUGACGUACUGUAGCACAGACUGGACGAUGUGAAACACACACACACACACACUACCUGCUCUGAUGUUUUCCUGUUUGUUUGUUUUCUAAGGAUUUGAUUGGUUGAUUGAUUGUGUUUUUUUAAUUUUUGUAACAUUUUUUAGGAGAGUGCUGAGAGUCGUAACUUUGUGCCUUCGGUAUCCAAAUGCCAUGACCAUGCCCACCCAACAGACACACACACACACACACACACACACACACACACACACACUGCUACAUACACUUACAUCAUUUGUAUCUUUUUGGUGCCACCUGUCAGGAAAACUCUGCCCUCUGAUUGGCUCCUGCUUUUUGUUCUGAAAUCUACCUAAAAAAAAAAGUCAAUCAAAAUGAAAUAAUACCAGUGUUGUCAUUCUAGGAAAAGACAAUAAACAGGAUAAAAUAAGGUAACCCAAUAAUUUAUAGGGUGUACAUUUGAUCAAAUUUGAACCUAAAAAGUAAUAACUAUCAGUUACUUAAUUUGCAUUUUAACCCACUUUCUUACUCAUUUUCAGUAAGAAAACAUGAAUUCAAGAAGGUUAUGACUUCAACAAAUUAAGUUAGUACCUCAAUGUUCACUUUGCUAGCAGAACAUGCUAACGCACCAACAACAGACUUUAGCUUUAAACUGAUUAACACUAACGUGUGUGUGUUUGUGUUUUGGGUGGUGUGUGAAACAUGGCUGCACAAUGUACAGACACAUAUCAGCCAACUGUCGCCUCGGGACGACAGCCUGGCGCCGACGCCUGCUGACGACAGGGCUAAGCUAACACUAGCCGAACGACCGCUAGCGUCCCGCCGCUAGCUGCUGCACUGACAGUGAAGCUAACACUAGCCUACCGCUAAUUGACUGCUAGUAGCACAUAGCAAGUUUAUACCUGCUAGCUGUUAGCAUUGAUGUGGUUUUUAAUAGUUUUAGGGAUGCACCGAGUGAUAAUUCUGGGCCGAUGUUUUUAAUAAUAUGAUUUUGUGCCACGGUCACAAAGUAAUCUUCUUACUUUGACAUUUAGCAUUUUAUUACUCAAUCUCUGAAUGAGCACAAGUCAAUCAUGCUAGCUGAUGAAACUAAUACUAGAUGUGCAGUUUGCCAAGGCCAAUUCCAUAUGUGAGAGAUGAAGUGUGUGCCCGCCUGUUAUCUGCGUCACACCAUCAACACAACAACAUUGGCCACUGCCACCAGUACUCCUCUGCCGUCAACAGGGCGAGUACCAUAGAUGAUGUCAUAAAUCGGUGCAUCCUGAUUUUUUAUUUUAAUGUUGGUACCUCAGACUGCUCAGUUAUCAUUGUUUUUGUUAUGAUUAUUACUGUUGUCAUUGUUGUGACUAACACCCAGGGCAUUUGGUUGAAUCUACCAAAGUGCAUUCCUCUACAAAGCUAGCUGCGCGCUAGCUGCUCAAACAUACGGAAGGUCGGAGAGGAAGGGCAACAAAGAGGCCUUUCCGACGGAGAUCAUGUGAUAGUGGGUUUGUUUUUUAAAGAAGUUUAUAAUUAACAGCCUGCAGUCACACAGGAAGAUGAAGUUGACCUCCUGGUAGCAUCCAGAAGAAACGGCUUCUGCACACGUGUGAAAGCACCGGUAGCCUAACUAGCCUACUAGCUCGUUAGCCAUUCUUGCUUCGAUCGGGAGGUCCAGUUAGCUGCUGAAGAUGCGCUGUAUUUCUGUGACGUUUGCCAGCUGGGUUUUACUGUGGAUUUUAUCUGUAAAUAAUGUGGGGGAAAUGUGUGGGGGGUGGGAAGGAGGGGGGGCUCUGAAUGCGCUGCUGUGCCACGCCGUGGCCAGUUUUACAUCGUACUGUAUCUACUGUACAGAACACAGAAGUCGACACUUUUCUAGUGAGCCUUUGUUAAAUUUUAUUGUGGUGGAAAAAAAUAUUAUUAAUAAAGCAGUUUUAUUGUUCA